UACCUGCAUCUCAGAGUUGAUAUUCACUCUGGAACUCGAAUCCAGUACUGUUCAUUUCAAACGCUAUAGCGUUAUUCACUCAGCUACUGAGUCCUGGAUUCCACUGCUAGUCACUAUCCAUCUUUGCUUAAAAUGCUUGUGAAUUAAGGUUAUAUUGAGGCAAUACACACAGUAUGCCAUAUGUCAAUUAAAGACUGAUCAAUUGGAGUCCUAAAGAUCAAUUGCUGAUAUAUCCUCUAAGAUGAAUGAGUUAAUUGUAAAGCUUUCACUGUCAAUUUUGGUACUACAAUGUGAUAAAUAUUAUAGAAACUGUGACCAAUGGAGUCCGAUACAUGUUGAGCGUUAACAUGUAUCUACCUAAGGCCAUGAAUCAAAGGUCGAGGAAGAUCAUGGAUGGUUUGAAGUUGGAUACUGAUUCAGUGGUCUAGGGGUUAUGCGUUCGCACGUGAGACCAAAGAUCCUGGGUUGGAGUCUAACAUAUGGGAUCAUGAAUGUUCACUAUUGAGGAUUCGCAUACCAGCACAAAAUGACUGUCAAGUAGAUCGAGGUUUUAAAUGGUAUGUAAGCUUAUAUCGGCUCAUGAAUUCAACUAUUAAAAUAUCACAUACAGAAAAAUCGAUGCCUUCUUUACAAACGUAUACAUGAAAACAGGUUAGCAGCAUGACUAUCAAUGAUAUCAACAAACGUUAACUACCACUACUACUCCUCAACAGUGCGCAUUCACAAUUUCCCACGAAAGGAACUCGAGCUCAGGUCCUUCAGUAUCCAGUGCUUUCAUGGUGCUCUAGCUUUGAUUGACUCGUGAAUUCAACUAUUAAAUUAAUACAAUCUUUACAAAACCUCUAUUCUCAUAAACACAUUGGUGCUAAUCUUGUCUCAUUAACUAAAUUAAUCACAACCCAUUACACGAGAAUAUAAACAAUGAUGGAAAGUCUCAGUAUGAGUAUCAAUAAAUGAACAAAAGUACAUCGAAUUCAUAAAAUAUAAGAAUAGUAAGACGUUCACUCUGAAUUAUACCGUUAAUGAAUGUCAAUGGUCUAUGUAAUCUCUUCAGUCAAUUGAAGUUAAACCACCAUUAGGAACCAGAAAUCACUCGACAACUAUUUAGUAGUAGUAUAAGACUCCUCAGUAGUAUGUAUUCACGAUCCAAUAUAUUGAACUCAAACUUAAAAUCUUAAGGCUUGACAUGAUGAUCUAGCUUAUAUCACCCCAGCAUUCCUCAAUAUCAUUUACAUAAUAUUUUACAACUCAUAUUUAAAAUUGGUUAAUGCUUCUCCAGGAAAUACCCCAUAAAUCCAGUCACUAGUUAGCAUAUGAUCAUUAUCAAAAAAGGUGUUUUGUGAAGAUUUUAGUAAUUUUUAUCCAUUUGAAAUCAUAAGUCAAUUGAAGUUAGACCAUCAUAGAAAACCUAGAAGCAUUGGAUAACCGUUUCGUCCUAUCGUGGGACUGCUCAGCAGUACACAUCCACGAUCACGUCUCAUGAGAUUCGAACCCAGGACCUAUCAGUCUCACACGCAACCACUUAACCACUAGAACCACUGAGACGGCAUCCAAUAUAACGUUUCUUUUCUAUUUUUUUUCUUUUCUAUCUUUCAAGGUAACAUUAUUCAUUUAAACAAAUCAUCAUCAUGAUUCCUAAAAAAACCCGCCUUCAAUUAAAUUCAAAUUUAUUAUCCAAUUCUAAUCUAUAUAAACAAUCUAAUUUAUCAUCUUUAAUUAAAUCUGGACAAUUUUAUAUUGAUCAAUUUGGUUUUCUUGUUACAUCUAAUGGUAAACGUUAUCCUUUAUCAUCUGGUCCACCAGAAGGACGUAAAUCAUUACAAUUAAAUCAAUUAUCAAUGAUUAGUGAUAGUAAUAAUAAUCAUGAAAAAUCAAUAAUCAAUCAAAAUUCUCCAAUCAAAAUCAAUAAUCAAUCAAAUCAAUUAUUACAUAAUAAUCAUACUAUUAUUCAAUCCAUACUAUUACCAUAUAUUGAUGCAACUAAUUUAUCUAAUUUAUCCAUAAAGCAAUUACGUAAUCAGAAUCAGAAUCAUUCAAUGAAUCUUAUUCAUUUCAAUGAUACCUUAUAUACUAUGAAUUGGAAUAUUAUAUUAUUUACUAUCAUUAUUAGUACUAUUACAUUAGUAUGUCAUAUUAUCUUAAUUAUAUUCUUAUCAUGGAGAUUACAUCAUCAUCAAAAAUGGUUAUAUCAAUAUAAACAUUACAAUAAUAAGAAUGAGCGCUUGACAACUAAUAGUAACUAUAAAGAUGUAUUAUGUAAUCAUUGUGAAGCUAGUCAAUUCAUACCUUGUAAAUGUAUUACCAAUUGUCCAUAUGUACAUAAACAAAUAAAAGGAAACCAUAACAAUACUACUAGUGCUACUACUAGUAGUAGUAGUAGUAGUAGUAGUAGUACUAGUAGUAGUAGUGGUAGUACUACUAGUAAUCAUAAUAGUAGUAAUAUAAUGGAUUACAAUACUCAAACAUUACCCCAUACAUGUUGUCAUACUACUUAUAAUACUGAUUUACAUUCUCAUAUGUAUCAUAAUCCUAAAAGAAAAGGAAGAAAGAAACCCCCCAUUAAACAUUAUCAUAAACAUCAUGUAAAUCAACAUAUAUUCUCAUGUAAUAAUCAAUAUAAAUCAUUACCAUAUUAUAAACAUUCAUUAUUACUAUGUUCUACAAAUCAACAAUUAGAUAUGGAUUCAUUUAAUGAAAUAAAUAGUGAUUCAAGUCAUGAACAUGACAACCAACACAACAAUCACCAUAGCAACAAAUACAUAUCGAAUCCAACUAUUUUAUAUACUCCAACAAACUAUUUAAAACAACAACAUCAAUGUAUACAUUUAAAAACCAAAUCAAAUCAAAAUCAAUUAUUGAAUGAUUGUUUUCAUUGUCAAACUACUUAUAAAACUACUGAUAUAGAAGAUCAAGAAGAACAUGAAAAAGACCAAGAUGAAGAAGUCGUCAAGGAACAUUUACCAUCUUAUUCAAAAUAUAUUCUAUUCAAAAAUUCUAUUCAUAUUUAUUAUCAACAUUUAUAUAUAUGUUAUACAUUAGCAAUACAUUUAAGUUUACUUAAUAUACUACUAUCAUGUUUUCAAUUAUUAGUAGUAUGUAUUGGUUUAAUAGAAAAAAUGAAUUAUCCUAAUUCUAUUACAAUUCAUAUAGAAUUUCUAUGCUUUUUAACACAUUCAUUAGCAUCUUAUACUAUAUUAUGUGUUAGAUUAUAUUUAUUUAUUAUCUUUAUAAGUAGUAUAUUUAUUACAUUCUAUAUACAGUUCAUCAUUAAAAUAAUCAUAACCAUAAUGGAUCAUAAAAAGAUUCAAUUGCCAAAAAUUUUUUUAUAUAAACAAUUUCUAUCUACUAAUACUACUUAUAAGACUACUUAUAAUCAUCUAUCUAAUACUAAUACUACUACUACUACUACUACUACCAAUAAUACUACUUAUAAUCAUAAUGAAAGUAGUAAUCAGAAUCAUAUUUAUUUUCAACAAAAUUUUGUAUAUCUUACAUUAGUACAUUCAAUUCCAUGGGCAUUAGCUGCUGGUACAUCAUUAUUAAUUACUUUUUUAUUUCAAACCAAUUAUAAUUAUGAUAAUAAUAAUAAUUCAAUAAUCAAUAAUAAUCAAUCAAUAAUAAUGAAACGGAAUGUAAAUAUCUUAUUUGAUGGAUUGAAUUCAUUAUUGACAUGUUCCAUGGAGAGAACAACGACUACACCGCCAUCAUCAUCAUCAUCAGCAUCAGCAUCAGUGUUGACACCACCGUCGUCGUUGUCGUCGGCUGUGUCGUUGCUAACCUCCACAUCUACUGAUGAUAUAAUAUUAUCUUCAUGGAUAUCCUCAUUACUUUUAAUUAUUAUCCCAUUAUUAUUACUAAUUAUAAUUAUUAUAUUAUGUAUUAUCUUACUACUUAUGAUUGUAUAUUAUAUAAAUCAUAAACAUUUCAAUGUAUCUAAAUUAUAUUUAUCAAAGAAAUCAUUAUUGAUCAUUUUUAUACUACUCAUAAUUGAAAUCAGUAGUUUAUCUACACCAAUUUUAUAUCAUUUUAUUCUAUUUUAUUAUGAUCAUUAUUAUGAAAAACGUUUAUUAUUUAUAUCCCGUCUUAUUAUAUUACAUUAUUUUAUUGAUCCAAUAUUAUUAUUAUAUUUAUUACAAAAAUGUCAUAGUAACAAAAAAUUUAUUCUGCUUAGUAACAAAUUCAAUCAAUAUCAUAUGAUGAUGAAAUUGAUUAGAAAAAAUAAAAAAAUAAAUUUAAUUAAUGAUAAUAAUAAUCAAUUGAUUAAUGAUCAUGAAAUAAAAAUCAAUAAAAUAAUCAAUAAUAAUCAAUCAUCUCCUAUCCAUUUAUUUAGUUGUUUAUCAAAUCAUAAUAACAAUAAUAAUAAUAAUAAUCGAUUAUUAAAUCGAAAUAUAAAUGAGAUCCAAUCAGUUACUAUGCCAUAUUUUUCUAAUUCAAAUAGCUUAGUAACAAUAUCAUCUGUAAAUGAUAAAAUUAAUUCGAAUAGUUUUCUAUUACCAAUAACAAGUAAUAAUAUAAUAGAUCAUUCUAUACAUAAUAUAUAUUCUAAUGAGAAACAUCAUUUAUUUCCUAUAAAAGAUUCUCAAUUAGUAACCAUAGCAACAAAUGUCAAUAAUCAUAAUAGUAAUAGUCCACUUAUAUAUAGAAAUAUACCUGAUGCUUUACCACAAUUAUGUCAACAUCAUCAACAUUUAUUAGCACAACAAUAUGAACAACAACAACAACACCAACAGCAACAACAACAGCCCCAGCAACAACCCCAAUCCCCUUUAAUUACAAUCACAGAUACAAUGAAACGUAAUCGUAAUUUUACAAAUGUACCACGUUUUAAACAAACUAUUACUCCUACUACUAAUUUUAAUGAAUUAUUUAUGAAUAAAUCAAUAACUGAUUCAUUCAAUCAAUCAUCAUUACAAAUAAUCAAUAAUAAUAAUGAUCAUAAUGAUACGACACCAUCACUUAUAAAUGAACCAAUCAAUUCACAACAAUAUAGAACAAUAACAGGACAAAGUACAGCAACAGCAGUUGUAAUGGCAGCAGCAGCAGCAGCUAUAGCAGCACAAGCAAGUACAUUAACUAAAACAAAUAAUCCAUUGAAUACAUCAAUGAUAUUAGAUACAUCCAAUUCAUUAUUGUUUAUAAAUGAACCUAAAACAAUAGAACAAACAAAUUUAGAUGAUAUAAAUUGUGAAUUAUUAACAAAAUAA